GUGACAACCUUAGAUUGAUAAGUGUCUUCUACAGACAAGGUCGGAUACCGCAUCUCAGACGAUAGCAAAAGGCAGCAGCCCCCACUAUCGAGCCCAAACAAGAUGCCGUCUCUAUCGAAUAUCAAUUUCAAGGGCAGGACUUCAAGUCCCAAGCGUAAUCCGCAGAAUGCCCAAUCAGACGAUCAAUCUCUAGCUACUCUACUCACUCUGGAUCAACGCGCCGAACUCAGUGUUUUGAUUGCCCAUGUCACAGAGAACAUGAGAAAGGACCUUAUCAAGGCCUUUGACGAGAAACCAAAGCCCAAACCCAAACCGCCCGCUGACAACGAGAAGGACAUAGAUCUGUCCAAACUCAACUUCGAUGACCCAGGAGUCGCCAGUCAGGAUGCUGAGAUUGAAGCCAUGAAACGAGAACAGCUCGAAGCUGCCAAAUCCGAAGAAGAAACCACCGUGUCUGCCACGCCUCAGAGCGAGGCGUUGAAGAAAUUCGCGCUAGACUUCUUCGACCGCUGGUCUGAAAGUGUGAUCUUGAGGGUCGGGGAGGUGGUCAACGCCCGCGAGGAGCGAAGUUCGGCACAAGAACCUUACAAGAAGACUCCUCCCCCGCCGCCACAGGUCUACAUUACCAACGACAGGGAAAAGGCCGCUGACGAUCGACUGUCAGAUAUUUACUCCCCGGUCACCACGCCAUUGGCGGAUCUAAGCCACACAGAACGCUCGACGAUCCUCAACGCCAUCCUUCUCCUCCUCCUCAGUCUCGAAACGUACCGUGCUCACUCGCGGACGUUGAUGCUUCGCCUGGCCACCUCGUUGCACAUCUCCAGUGGCGAGGUUUCCAAGAUGGAAAAGGACACCGCCUACGGCCUUCUCGCCGCCGCCAGCAAGAUGGACGCCGGAGAGUCUGCCUCUGCCGCCCAGAAAGCCAGCGCCACUGCGCGAAAAUGGAAAGUCGGAAUAGCCAGUGUCGCAGGCGCCGCAUUGAUCGGCGUUACGGGCGGGCUGGCAGCCCCUCUGGUGGCUGCCGGAGUCGGAGGCUUGUUGGGAGGCCUUGGUCUCGGGGCGACUGCCGCAGCCGGGUAUCUAGGCGCAUUGGCGGGCAGUGGCGUCCUCGUCGGUGGGCUGUUUGGAGCGUAUGGCGGACGAAUGACGGGGCGCAUGAUGGACAAGUAUUCAAAGGAAAUUGAGGAUUUCGCCUUCAUUCCUGUCCGCGGCGGUGUGGACGAUAGUGAAGAGAAACUACAGCAAAGGCGACGGCUGAGGGUCACGAUCGGCAUCACCGGCUGGCUGACUCAAGAAGACGAGGUGAAAAAUCCGUGGAAAGUGCUCGGUGACGGUGGUGAAGCUUUCGCCUUGAGAUGGGAACUACAAGCUCUGAUGAACCUCGGGAACGCUCUGAAGAACUUUGUGACCAGCGAGGCAUGGAGCUACCUAAAGAAGCAAAUCAUCAAGAGAACGAUACUGGCGGGCUUGUAUUCGGCCAUGUUGGCCCCUUUGGCGAUAUUGAAAGUUGCAAAGUUGGUCGACAGUCCGUUUGGAAUUGCCAAGUUGAGGGCGAUGAAGGCCGGCGAGGUGCUCGCCGACGCGCUGAUCAACAAAGCACAAGGAGAGAGACCGGUCAGCCUCGUCGGUCACUCGUUGGGCGCCAGGGUCAUAUAUUCCUGUUUGCUGGCACUCGCCCGGAGGCAGGCGUUCGGUCUGAUCGACAGCGUCGUCCUGAUGGGUUCCCCGGUACCGAGUGACGACGACGUCUGGCGCUCGAUGAGGAGCGUGGUCGGCGGGCGACUGAUCAACGUGUACUCUACCAACGAUUACAUUCUCGCAUUCAUGUAUCGGACCAGCAGUGCACAGCUCGGCAUCGCCGGACUGCAAGAGAUCAACGCGUACGGGGUGGAGAACUUUGACGUGAGUGAGCAAGUCACCGGCCAUCUCAAGUAUCAGAACAUGGUGGGCAAGAUGUUGACCGAAGUCGGUUGGACCGACAUCGACGAGGAGGCUCUGGAAAAGGAACGGAUUGUCCUAGAGCAGGUCGAGGAACAGGAAAAGGAACAAGAAGAGGAGGAAAAGGAGAAGGAAGAAAGAGAGGAGGCCGAGGCGACAGAACAGAAGAAACCUGCUCUUCCACCGAGAUGAGAAGCAAUGGACAGAUACAGAAAUGAAGAGCAAAUGUACGAAUACACGAUGAGAAGCGGGAGCCGAAUACACACUAAAGACCGUUGACCAUAUUUGACAAGAAUGUGCGCAUCGCUCAAGGUGGAACGACAUUUUAUGAAACUGCGUUGUACUUUGUCCAGAGCAAAACAACACUUGAUGACAAAGAAAAGAGGCAUGAAUUGCCAUUACAAACCUGUCUAGAUUAUCCAACGACCUGACUUUUUACAAGGGUAUAUAUCCGGUUCCACCAACGGGUAUCAAUACCCAAACACGAUUCCAGCGCCCAGUAUCAAUAUCCCAACGUAAUGUCCAACCCCAAAUGGAGAGUGUUCCAAAAUUAUCUGGCAUCCUAUUUCUCCUCUAGCAAAAGUCCUGAUGCCACAGCGUCAGCAGAAAUCUCCUCUUUCAACUUGGGUUAUACAUGUACGGGCGUAUGUACCGAGUGACCCACAAACCAUGAUAAAUUCCACGUAUCAAUAGACGCAUAGAUAAAAUUCAUCCCGCACAGGCAG